GGCCUUCUGUCUUCCCCAUCACAGGGAGGAGGCGGAGCAUUCUCUCAGAAGCAUUCUUGGUGGAGGGACUGCAUUUCAGGAGGCUGCAGCUGACAAAAAGCUUCAAGUAUCUCUCAUAUUGUCCCAUUUAAGCAACGGGCUCAAGCAUCCUUGGGAAAUUCUGCUGGAAGAGAACAGACCAAAAAAGCUAUAAACAUUUGGUAAUUCUAAGACAAAGGAGAUUUUGGUGAGAGUGUUGUUUUGGGUAGGAACUGCCUUAAUAUUGACAAGAAUAGUCAUUCACCUCAGUCUCUGAUAAUAAACAAAUCUAAGUCGUAAUGGAUGCUGAGUACGUCUUAUGCAAUUGGAAAGACCAGUUAUGGCCAGCAAAAGUUUUGUCCAGAUGUGAGACUUCAUCAAACAGUAAGAGAAAAAAGACAUUUUCCCUAGAAGUUCAAAUACUCUCAGUAAAUGAAAAAAUUAAAGUGGAAAGCAAGGAAACAAAGAUCCUAACUAAAUCUCAAAUUGAAGCCAUUGCCUCCUCACUAGCAGCACAGUCAGAGGGCAGUUAUCCACCUAGAGAGGAAACAGCUUAUGCAAGGUCACUAAAAAUGGCAUUGGGUAUUCUGAAUAAGAGAACAAAUUUGAAUCAAUCAAGCAGUUCAGAUGAAGAAGAGACCACUACACUGUCUCAAAAUGUACCACAAAAGCUUUCUAAUUCACCCCCUCGUAAAAAGUAUCGGAAGCCUAAAGGAAACUUAUCGAAGUGUCUUGAAGAAAGUGAAAUUCCAACAUUUCUGUUAGCAUCUUCAGAAAGUGAUGAUUCCUUGUAUGAUGAUAAAUCACAAGUGCAUGCAACCAUUGAUACUAUUCCAAGUGAGAUGGAAACAAAAUCAUCACAAAACUCCAGCUGGUACCAAAUUUUCCCUCCACUUUCAGAAGAGGAUGAAAAGGAGAGCAAGAAAAAGAUUGACAUCCCAACAAUUACACCUUCGGAUUCUACAAUCAAAGAGGAAGGUACUUAUGUUAAAGAAGAGAAGUUCACUACAACUUCACCACCAGAUAUCUUCAUUGUGCCAAAAAGUUUGAAAGAGGAGCCAGAAGAUCUCUGCCCAAAGACACUGGCCAUUUCCUCUGAAUGCUCUGCCUUCUCAGAGAAUAUUGAGGAUCCUGGAGAGGGUCCCUCGAAUUCAUGCUUAGAUACAAGCCAGAAUCAACCUGUAGAAUCAGACACAGGUGCGCUGGCAUCCCCCAGUUAUUGUUCACGGGAAUGUCAGGUUUCAUUUAGUGCCUCUAACCGUGUCAUGGAUUGUUCACUCCGUGGGAAUAAUGAAAGAAGUGGCCAGAAUCCAGAUUUUGAGGAACAUGAAGAACUCCAAGCUUCUGAUAAGUCAGUGCCUCUAAAUCCUGUUGAUACUUCUGCACUAGAUGACGACGAGGAAGACGAAGUACUUCCACCAGUUGUUUUUCAUUAUGAGCCACGUUAAUAUAAAAAAUAUCCAUUUUGGCCAGCCAUAGUGAAAAGCAUCAGGAGAAAAGAGAAAAAAGCAAGUGUGAUUUUUGUUGAGGCAAACAUGAAUCGUGAAAAGAGAGGCAUUAGAGUGCUUUUGAGAAGAUUAAAAAAAUUUGAUUGUAAAGAGAAACAAGCACUAGUGGAUAAAGCCAGGGAGGAUUACAGUGAAAGUAUUGACUGGUGCAUCUCACUGAUUUGUGACUACAGAGUUAGACUAGGUUGUGGUUCUUUUACAGGCUCUUUCCUUGAGUAUUAUGCUGCUGACAUUAGUUAUCCAAUCAGGAAAGUAAUCAGACAAGAUACCUUCAGGAACUUAUUUCCAAAGCUGCAUAAUGAAGAUUCUAUGGAACCGAUGGCCAUGACUUCCCAGACCAAAAGAAUGUCCUUCAAAAAAAUUCUCCCUGACCGAAUGAAGUCGGCUCGGGACCGAGCCAACAGGAAUCUAGUGGACUUCAUUGUGAAUGCAAAAGGAGCAGAAAACCAUCUUCUGUCCAUUUUAAAUGGCACAAAAGCAUCCAGGUGGCUGAAAUCAUUUUUGAAAGCAAAGAGGUUCACUCCCUGUAUUGAAACAUACUUUGAAGAUGAAGAUCAGUUGGAUGAGGUAGUGCAAUAUUUACAAGAAAUCUACAAAAAAAUCGACGAAAGAAUGCUAGCUCGGAUAAGAGAUGAUAAAAUUAAAUUUAUCCUAGAAGUUCUUCUGCCAGAAGCAAUCAUUUGUUCAAUUUCUGCUGUUGAUGGAUUAGAUUACAAGGAAGCUGAAGCAAAGUAUCUAAAAGGACCAUCUCUAGGAUACUAA